AUGUGGAGGAACAGCAGAAUUCUCGGAGGGACGUUGGCAACACUAGCAGGAACGACCUACUGUUUUGGCGAUCAAUUAAAACCAAAAACGGCACAACUAUUGUCGAGAGAACCGGAAAAAGAACAGAGUAAUAUACUCUUUCCCCGAGGGAAAUGGGACUCGAACUGGGAUCAGUAAGUUGAUUUUUAGCAUUAUUGAAGACUUGGUUGACGUUGAAGGUGAAAUGGUGAUUUAUAAAGGUAAAAUGGCAAAAAAUUUCUUUACAAUGUAUAAAAUGGCAAGAACUUUUUUUGCGAAUCAAGAAAUGACUAAAACUUUCUUUACAAACGAUAAGAUGGCAAGAACUUUCUUUAAAAAACUUAAAAUGGCAAGAACUUUCUUUACAAAAGAAAAAAUGGCAAGAACUUUCUUUACAAACUUUUUGCCCUAUCUAAAACAUUAUUUUUAGCCGAGACCCGGCCGUUCUAGUGGAUCCAGAUGAGUAUUGGAAGGCGGACGAAGAGAAGCGAAAAGAAUUGCUAAAGGAACACAAAACCAAAGCUACGAGGAACAUAUUCUUGAUUAGACAUGGACAAUAUUUCUUGGAUUCGGAGAAGAAAAACUUGACACCGCUGGGCCAAGAGCAGGCACAGUUGUUGGGGGAACGGCUAGCUAAAACCAACAUCAAAUACGACAUUUGUGUUAUGUCUACUAUGAAUCGGUAAGAGGGCUGUAGGGUAGGGUAAGGUAAGGUAGAGUAAGGCAACGUAGGGUUGGGUAGGGCAGGGUAUGGUAUUGUAAGAUAAAGUAGGGUAGGGUAGGUAAGGGAAGGGUACGGUAAUCUAAGGUAGCGGACUUACAAGGUAGGGUAGGGUAGCCAAUGCACGGUACUCAAAAAUACUAUAGUAGUACGAUACUCUAACCAAUGAUAGUAUGGCAAUGUAAAAUAAUGUCAUAGGUUUCUGUGAGGAAGCGUAGUACUGUACUGUAACAUGAAUUAUAAAUUUGUACCUUUAGAGCGAUGGAAACAGCGACGUUAAUGCUGGAGAAGUUGGACCCACAAAUCCCACGGAAAGCAGACUCUAUCCUGGAAGAAGGCGCACCCUACCCACCCGAACCUGCCAUAUCACACUGGAAACCGGCACAAAAAGUAGGCUUUUUAUUGGUGGUUUAGGUAGUAAUAGUAUUUGGAACAUCAUUAUUAUGUUAGGUACGAUAAAGUAUGUUUUAAUAGGAUUGGUACUGUAUGUUAGAUUAGAUACAGUAAGGUAUGUUGUAGUAAGUAUUAUGUUGUAUUAUGUACUGUAAGUUAUGCGUUAAUAGCUACUAAAAGGAGUAAUAAAGGCGAUAAGGUAUAUUAUAGUAGGCACAGUAAGGCAUAUUUUAGUAAGGAUCGUAAUGUAUAUUAGAGUAGGUACAGUAAGAUACGUUAUGGUAGGUACCAUAAAGUUUGAUGUCGUAUGUACUAUAAGGUACGUUGUGUUAGGUAUUAUAAGGAAUGUUACAGUUGAUAAGACAAUGGAUGUUAUAGUAAGUAUUAUAAAAAGGCAUAGGUACUAUAAGGUUGUACAAGAUAUGUCAUAUUAGUUACAGUAAGAUAUGUUCUAGCAGAUACAGUAUUAUUUUAUCAAAAUUUGACCGGUUCCUUUUUGAGAAGUUUUUCGCCGAAGGAGCCCGCAUCGAAGCCGCCUUCCGAAAGUACAUACAUCGAGCAUCGCCACGCCAAAAGCAAGACAGCUACGAACUCAUCGUGUGUCAUGCCAAUGUUAUUCGCUACUUUGUUUGUCGGUAAGUUUAGUACUAGUACUUAUAAGAUGAGUAUUUUAGUACCAGUUUUUGAGUACCUGUAGCACCAUAAGGCGAAACUUGUUAGCAUAUUAUUUAUUUUUUACAUGUUUGCUUACUGUAACAUCACAUUUUAAAUUUUUUUUAUUUAAAAAAUUUUUUUUAUUUAAAACGUUUCAAAAUUUCAGAGCCCUCCAACUGCCGCCGGAAAGCUGGCUUCGCUUCUCACUAGGCAACAGCUCCAUCACCUGGAUGGUACUCCGGCCGAAUGGUGCCGUCUCGAUCCGCGCAAUGGGGGACUUUGGCCAUCUGCCCCAUGACAAGGUCUCGUUCACGUAA